AUGGAAGGAAUCGUUUUAGAGGCUCACUUUGCCAAUACAACGAGUCUUAGAUAUUUUUCUGCAUGGGAUGACCAAUUAACUUUGAAAGUAGGUCAGGAUUGGGUUCCUCCUUUUCAACUUGAAGCAUUACAUAUGGGCUCUUGCCAUUUGGGCCCACGAUAUCCAAUGUGGGUACGAUCACAAAAGAGCCUUUCUUCUUUGGUUUUAUCCAACACAAGUCUUGCAGAUGUUCCUCCCGAUUGGAUUUUCCACUUCUCUUCAGAAUUGCAAUGCUUAGAUCUUUCUCAAAAUCAAAUGCAUGGAAGGAUUCCCAAUCUGAUGAAUAUAGGGAUGCAGGACUACUCAGAAAUCAACCUGAGCCAAAACCACCUCGAGGGGCCUUUGCCUUUGGUAUCUUCCAAGGUGAAUAAACUAGAUCUUUCUGAUAAUCUACUUUCAGGAUCCAUUUCUCAAUUCCUAUGUUGCUCACCAAGUGAGCCAAUGAAUAUGGUAGUUCUCUAUCUCGCCAAAAAUCAAUUGUCAGGAAAUUUACCCAACUGCUGGAGUAAAUGGAACAAUAUACAGGCCUUAUAUUUAAAUGACAAUAGCUUUGGUGGUGGUAUUCCUUCAUCCUUCAGUUUGUUUAUUUUUCUUCAAUCAUUGUAUCUCCGUAGUAACAACCUAUAUGGAAUAUUAUCUCUUUCUUCUUUACAGAAUUGUAUUAAUUUAGUUACUCUGGAUUUUAGUCGAAAUAAAUUUGAGAGAAACAUUCCUACUUGGCUUGGAACAAGUCCUUCAAAGUUGAGGUUUCUUAUUGCUGGCUUCAAUGAUUUCCAUGGUCAUACCUGA